UGUGUGUGUGUCUGUGUGUGUGUGUUAAUGCUAUGGCAUUGUAUUAUUUAUCCUAUCACACAUAUAUUUAGAUAUAAAGAUUUAUAUUUAGGGCAUGAUAUUUUAUUUAUAUUUAGGCCACAUUUGUCAGAAGAAAGGAAUUAUAUAUCGCUGUUGGUACAGUAAAGAUGUUCGUUGAACCAAGUGUAAAGCACUAACAAUUGUUAGGUUAACCCAUUCCCCUUGUAAGAUAGCUACUAUAAGAUGCUACACAAUGCUACGUUUUUAACGACGCAAGGACCUACAACAUACAAUAAGUGCCUACAUUGAGUACCAGGACGUACAACAUACAAUAAGUGCGUAAGAUGGGUGUGGGGGGUAAGGGGGAGGCUAUGCAGAGUCUAGGGGAAGUCACUGAGCAAGUGAGUCCUGUUCGUAAGCUGAUGAGCGCUUUACCAACCUGACAUCGGCACGGAGCUCGAUCCACCACUGCGGUGCAAAAGAGCUGUGACUUCAAUGAUCGACCUUUGCUGGCUCUUAGCGAUGGCGGUACCAGGUGUCCAGCUGAGGUAGUUGAGCGGAGCGCUCCAGCUGGGGUAUGGGGUCUGACCAACGCUUGGAGUUUGCAACCUUUGAGUUCCUCACUGAAGCGGUGCACAAGUCUACGCCGUACGACAGCCAGACGGCAGGGAUUCACUUAAUCUGUGGCGGUCUGUCGGCCUGCUCUGCCACGCUGGUCUGCCAGCCCCUGGACACCCUGAGGACACGCUUCGCUGCCCAGGGAGAGCCCAAGGUGUACCAUAAUCUGCGACAUGCCGUGUCCACCAUGUAUCGCACCAGCGGUCCGCUGUCGUUCUACCGGGGCCUGGCUCCCACGUUGGUGGCCAUCUUCCCCUACGCCGGGCUACAGUUUUUCUUCUACAGACUCUUCGGUCAGCUUUUGUCGAAGAACUCAGAGGCCGGGAAUUCAGGCGGGAAUUUGAGAAGCCUUCUGUGUGGCAGCGCUGCUGGCGUGCUCAGCAAGACCAUGACGUACCCCUUUGACCUCUUCAAGAAGAGACUACAGGUUGGGGGCUUUGAGGAGGCCAGAGUACAAUUUGGAGAGAUUCGGCAUUACCGGGGCAUCGUAGACUGUAUGGUACAGAUAGGCAAAGAGGAAGGCCUCCGCGGGUUCUUCAAAGGCCUGUCGCCCAGCCUGGUGAAGGCUGCCUUCUCCACUGGCUUCACCUUCUUCUGGCAUUGGUACAGGAGGAAAAGCAAAGAUGGCCCAAAACACGCACAAAGGAACAUAGAACUUGGCUUCUUCUAUGUUUGCACUGAGGACACCCUCCGUGGGUUUUUAUGGGGGUCAGCUGUAUAUGUUUUUUUUAUAUAUAUUUAUUUUUGUGUUUACAUAUUAACAGGGAACUGUAAGCCGUUGCUUCUCAUUGUAGAGCCAAUUAUAUUUAUAACUCUAUAUUUUACCAAGGGCUUUCGAUCAUUAUUCAUUAUAAAUAUACAUAUUUAGAACCAAUCUUGUCUUUUAAGUGUUUCAUAUAUAUAUAUAUAUAUAUAUAUAUAUAUCCCUUGCCAAAGCCAAUGCACUUUUCAAAGACCUUGGCAUGCUUUCAAUAUCGUGUCAAGUAAUGUUUGGGUGUUAAAUGGGAAUUACACAAACACAGAAGUAAUCAUGUUUGUUCAUUUCUAUUGCUUUUUUAUUUUUCUUUAAUCAUUUUGUGUUGGUGGGGAGGUAAUUCAACUAUCAAUAGCUCUCAAAAGCUGAGCUUUAACCUAGACGUUUUUAUAUAAUUAACUAUUAUAAUAAACGAUUGAUAAGUGGAAAUAGAUGCGCAUGCGCACAUGGAAAGAAAACAGGAACUGGUUAUCCAGGGCAGAUGUGUUCGUUCUUAUACGAGGUUAACUGCUAUAAAAUAUUUCAUUGUG